CGAUUCAAGAUGGCGGCYGAGGAGCCAGAAGAUGCUGCUCGUAAUAGACAUCGCCAAAGGCGUGGCCUCCUUAAGAUGUAUUAUGGGGUUGGUGAGGAGGGGGGUAAGACUACGACUAUUGACCCAUGUGAUAUCAAUGGUGCUCAUUUCAAACCUGAGACUUACUUAGAAAAGACUUUUAAAGAAAAAUCACUCACAGAACUCAUGGAUAAAGAAGGGGAUAUUACGAAACAGAUCAGAGCCUUGGAUAGUGAUAUGCAGACWCUUGUUUACGAAAACUACAAUAAAUUCAUCAGUGCAACAGAUACUAUUAGAAAGAUGAAGCAUGACUUUAAAAAGAUGGAAGAUGAAAUGACAAAACUCAAAGACAAUAUGACAGCCAUAACAGACUUCAGUGAAAAAAUUAGUGGAACUUUACAAGAUAAACGACAACAGAUCACAAAACUUUCUGGUGUUCACUCACUUCUAACUAAGCUUCAAUUUUUGUUUGAGCUGCCAUCAAGACUGAAGAAAUGUGUUGAAAUGAAGCAAUAUGGCCUUGCUGUCAGAUACUACACUAAAGCAAGGGAUGUCCUUCAUCAAUACAGUCACAUGCCAUCAUUUUAUGGCAUCCAUCAAGAUUGUGAUGAGAUAGUAAAGGAGCUGAUUGUGAAACUGAGAGAACAGCUAAGAAAUCCAAAGUCAACACCAAAGCAGUUGGCUGAGUGUGUGGAUUUACUGCUACAACUUCGUGAACCUGCUGAUGAGUUAUGUGAUGAGUUCAUCAUGCAAGCCAGAGAAAGACUAGAUGAGAACCUCAGAGUUUUAAAGGCGCAAGUGGAACUAAAGAAAAUUGAAAUSACUCCCAAAGAAGAACCGAGUGAUGCUUCUUUUGAUGAAAGGCAGCAACGACCUAUGGAUUUCCUUGAAUUCAUUGAUUGUGGCUGCAAUGGAUUUUUGAGUACAGUUUGCCUAGUAAUAGCAUCUUACAAAGAACAGUUUGUAGAACGACAAAUGGCAGAUCACGUUACAGACCCAGAGGAGCUUGAGAAAGUUGUUUCGCAAAAGCUGUCRAGUUUUAUGCAGAAGCUUAUGGGAGAAUAUUUUAAAAUUACAGAAUCAAGAAUUGAACUUGAGACUGAUACMGGCAAUAAUGUUCUUCUUGUGAGAGCGCUGGAUCGAUUCCAUCGUCGUCUUCAAGCUGUACACAAACUUCUUCCAGACAUCGGCUCAGGCAGGCUGGGAGCCAAUAUCAUCGCACGUGCUGCACAUAAUCGAGUGAUAUUUUAUACCCAAAACCUUCGUCAACAAUUUGCAGUUUGUCUCACUGAUACUCGCCAAGACUUGGCUGCUUUACCGCGACAAACAGGGAAGGAUAAAAACAAUGUGCUAUCAGAUCUUUUAACACAAACUAGCAAUGCCAUCUUGGAUCAAGUUAAAACUGUACUUAACUGUCUAAAAGCAUUUAUUGGUCCAGACAUCACAUUCUCCGUCAAACCAUACUUCAGAGGUCCGUUUUGUGCUGAUGACGUCAGGGAAGGUUUGGUUGUGGAUUUUAUACGUCAUGUAUUACAAACUGCAAAGGAACUAUGUGACAAAGUGAGUUCUCCACCACCGUCACUUGUCCUUCUUCUAUCUCGACUUUGUACGGACUUCCACGAGUCGACCAUUACUUACGUGUUAAGUCAUACGGAUGGCCAAUUUCCAAUUGACCAAGAACUUCAUCGAGGCUGUGUUAGAACACCAGUUGCUGACCUGAUAGCUGAGGCAAGAACUAUAGCUCAGGACCUACUUAAUCAUUAUGUGAAGAUUCAAGGUCUUGUUAUCUCUCAGAUGAUAAGAAAGAGUGUCGAUACACGUGACUGGUUGAAUACUAUUGAACCCCGGAACGUACGAGCUGUAAUGAAAAGAAUUGUUGAAGAUAUCACAGCCAUGGACACGCAAGUUGGUCAGCUGUACGAGGAGGGCGCAAGGAAAGCCCAUAGCUCAGAUUCAAGCAAAUUCACUUACACGUACUCUAAUCAGACAAAACAGAAUCGUACACAAUUUAGCUACACAGCGAGCACCGGCUUUGAUUCCAGCCUUCUCAGCAACAUACAGAAACUGUUCUCAGAAAAGAUUGAAAUCUUCAGUCCGGUAGAGUUCUCCAAAGUGUCUGUCCUCACUGGAAUCGUCAAAAUAGCCCUCAAGACUCUAUUAGAGUGUGUCAGGCUUCGCACAUUUGGUAAAUACGGUUUGCAGCAGAUCCAGGUGGAUACUCACUAUCUUCAGCUGUAUCUGUGGCGGUUUGUUUCCGAUGAAAACCUUGUUCACUUUCUGCUGGAUGAGGUCGUCAACAGCGCUGUUAACAGGAGCGUCGAACCAGAAUUAAUGGAACCGAGUAUUGUUGAAGUGAUCUGUGAUCGGGGAUAACAGUAAAAGGAAUAUAGAGAGUAUCCUUAUUAUUAUAUUAUUAUUAUUAGUAUUAGUAUCGAAUAGAAAAAAAAACAUCACCAUGGAGGGACAAGAAAUAAAUGCUAGCACAAAAGACAGCCUUUCUGCACGAAAACUUUUCAGUUGUAAUGCUGCUUUUAAAACUGAGAAUAGCCUCAAUUACAUGGUUUCUAUUUCAAUGGAAGGUUAAGAAUUUAACAGAAAUCACGAACAAUAUGAUAAAUCAAUGUAUAUAAUACCAUAAAUCAGAUAUCAAAAUUUAAUAAAAAUCCAAUACUGUU